CAUGUCGGGUAAACUCCCUUAGUCCUUUCAGAUGACCCAUUGUUAGGGAGCAUGGAAAGAGUUUACUUUCAGAUGAUUUUAAAAAAACCUGGGUUUGGGAAAUAAACCGCUUGCUUUCUUCAAGGCUUACUAUAGGUAAACCGCCCGUUUCCAAGGGUGGAACGUUUAUUUCCGGAACCUGAAAAACGACAGCUUUCUUUUCUACACGGACCAGCUUUAGAAAUAGCGCACCGAGAUUUGUUCAUGUGUCUCGCGAGAUGUUGGCGAAACCGUCAUAAUUUGGGAAACGGAGAAGAGUUGAGCCUAGCCUGCCUAUUGGUUUUUCAAUCUUUAGUAGGCGGGACUAAAGGUGCUUCGGCGGUAGAGACUACAGUUAACGCGCAGGCGCAGUAGGAGCAUCGCCUUCCCCUACCGCGAUGUCGAUUUUCACGCCGACCAACCAAAUCCGCCUCACAAAUGUGGCCGUGGUGCGGAUUCGGCGGGCGGGGAAGCGUUUUGAGAUCGCCUGUUACCGGAAUAAGGUCAUGGGCUGGCGAAGCGGCGCUGAAAAGGAUCUGGAUGAAGUCCUGCAGACCCAUACCGUGUUCGUGAAUGUCUCCAAAGGACAAGUGGCAAAGAAGGAGGACCUUGUCAAAGCAUUUGGUACAGAUGACCAGACAGAAAUAUGCAAGACUAUCCUAUCAAAAGGGGAGUUGCAAGUAUCUGAUAAGGAGCGGCAGACACAGCUGGAGCAGAUGUUUCGCGAUAUUGCAACUAUAGUUGCUGAAAAGUGUGUUAACCCAGAAACAAAGAGGCCCUACACAGUCAUCCUGAUUGAAAGAGCCAUGAAGGACAUUCACUACUCAGUCAAACCAGGAAAAAGCACUAAGCAGCAGGCUUUGGAGGUGAUCAAGCAGCUGAAGGAGACCAUGCAGAUCGAGCGGGCGCACAUGAGGCUGCGCUUCCUCCUCCCUCCGAAAGAAGGCAAGAGGCUGAAAGAGAAGCUGAAGCCACUCAUCAAAGUCAUCGAGAGUGAAGAUUUUGACGAACAGCUGGAAAUUGUGUGCCUCGUGGACCCAGGCUGCUUCCGGGAAAUCGACGAACUCAUUCGGUGCGAAACCAGGGGAAAAGGGAGCCUGGAAGUGCUCAGUCUGAAAGACGUAGAAGAAGGGGAUGAAAGACUGGAGUAGCAUCCGGCUGCCUCCCACCCCCCAUCUCUCCCAGCAAGCACUGUAUUAAAGGCUGCCCUCAUCCUCCUCAUUGUGGUUUUAACUUUUUACAGUUUUCCAAUUCCAGUUAAAGUUUGAUUUGGGUUUCUUUCCCCCCCUUCAUCCUCUGAUUCACCAGGGUUGGGGUGUGGUGCCAGUCUGACCACAGCUAUCCCUUGCUUAACUCUAAAGAGGCAAAGAACUAGACAGCUGGUUUAAUUAUGCUGGGGCUUGCGGAUCUUUCUCCAGGGACUAAGCCACAGCGAAUGAAGUGUGUCCCAUGUGCCAAAGGGCCAUUCCUCUCAGCUGAGAGGGGCAGCAACUCCGUGAGGCGGGACCAUCUCUGAGAGAAGCAGCUGAGGGCAGUCCUUUUAAAUAAGCAACAAGAUUUAAAUUGGAGCACAGACUUUCCAGGAGGUGGCUUUGCAGAAGCCUUGCCUAGGGUUCCUGAAGACCACAGCCCCUAUGCAAGCCACCUUCUGCACAAGGCUGCUCUGUGAAGGGAAAUAACUCUGUUCUUGCAGGCAAGCCUGUAGCACUUCUCAGAGACACAUGGAGGUCUUGCACACUACAGAGCCUCUGGACUGGGGUUUUAGGAAGAGCUGUUUGCCCAUCUUUCUAUAGGUAGCUUUGGUCUUCAGAGACCUGCAUAGGACUAGAGCUUGGUAAGCAGAAUACCCUUCUUCAUUCCAGAGGAGCCGUAACAAAGCACUGAUGGGUCUAAAACACUGACAACUGAGAAAGAGUUGUCCAGAUAAUUUAUUUUUCUUCUGGCAAGGGGCAUGUUUACAGUAAUAUAAAAGUCAGUAUUUCUUAGCUAUGUGGCCUUUUGAUCUAACUAAUGACUCAGUCAGCGCUCUGAUAAACUUCCAAGCUUUUUGGGGUUGUUUUCUUGAUCUUAACAAUUUAUGAUUUGAGGGACAAACCAAAUGAAUGAAGACACUGAGUGGAAGGCAUUAUAAAGUGGUAAUAAAGUCACUGAAUGGAAAAA